UCGAUAACUUCCAUUGAAAAUGUGUAUUGGAAUUUAGUGAAUUCUUUUUCUGAUUUAUAUUAUUUCCCUCGAAUAGUAUAUUCAGUUAUGACAAUUUUUCCCCUUUACUUGUUAUUAACAACAGACCUCUGGGUUUAAAAGAACUCUGUCACUCUAAUUUAGGUCGACCAUGUUGUAGCAACCGCAUACCAAUUUCUCAAACCGUUUCGGAGAAUGCUACUGGUCCUUGGUUAGAUAUACAUACAUAUAUCUAUGUUGUGGUUACCUAGAAGUGACUAUGGCGGCGUAUACCAUAACAAAGUCAAAUAUAACUGAAUUGGCGGCAUAUCCAUUUAGAUGCCCAAUAAUCUCGACGCAUUAGAGGUCAAUAUACACCGACGUUUUCCAUUCUACUUUCAGCCAAACACUCCUUCUCAGAGAUAUGCAUCAAUGGGUAGUGAUUCCUAACCUUAUUCCAGGGAAACGUUGCUUCAUCCCAGCGGUUCGCUAAAUCGUCCAAAUCGUUGUGAAUUCGACAAACUUAACCACAUACCCUUGCUUAAAACACUUUGUUGAGGAUAAUGGGACUUCAUCAUUCUCGUGUCAUCAAAAGGAAACAAAUAGGAUCUCAACCUCAACACUUGAGGAGUGAGGGCAGGCUGACGUCAACAUAUUGCGACAACCAGCUAUGGGAAGACACGCGCGGAGGGCUGGAGGGCAGAACGACCUCGCCCUAUCGCGACCAUCAUCGACGCGAAGACCCACGAAGAAAGCCAGAGGGUAGAUUGAACUCCUCCCUUGGCGCAGCGCAGCUAUACGGAAAUGAUCGCAGGAGGCUUGAGGACCAUAUGACCUCGCCUUCGCACUCCCAUCAUCACUCCGAACCGCAGUCACGGUCUGCGUAUGCAAGGAGACUCAACCGCAAGCAUCCGGAUGCCGACUCCGACAGCAGCUCAGAUGGGCAUUGGACCAUCGCAACACACCGCAAGCAACACAAACAGGCGGGUGGUAACAACAGGCUUGAGGGCAGGACAACCUCGCCAUCAUAUGCACGCGAGCAUGGAACCUCAUGGGGUAGGCUCGAGGGCAUUGGAACCUCGCCUACACGAAAUCAGCAACAACUGAACGCCAAACGUCAUAUUGACAGCAGAGGAUCCACGCCGCCCCGUGUCCACCACCUUUCGAACACCAGGGAUAUAAACAGUCGAUCCCCCUCCCCACCUCGCCACACGCAACACAACCCUAACGAGGAGAAUAGGCUUGAGGGCCGCAAGACCUCGCCUCAGCGCAUGCACCAGCACACGAAGGGUGAGGGCAGGCCUAGGGGCCGAAUGACCUCUCCACAUCACACGCAUCACCGCACGGACGAAAGAGACGGGCGCGAGGGCCGUAAGACCUCGCCCUCUCGCACUAAACAACGCACAGAUGAUGGAGGCUGACGUCGCCCAACGCUCACACCGGUAUACAAGCGAGCAGCGCAGACCAACAAGGGGAGAAAAGAGCACCCAGACGUCGGCGCGGCCCAGCAACCCCCGAUCCAAGGAAACCAGGGGCACGAGACGACCCCAGUAGAAGGGGUCUCAGCGGCGCUGGAGUAGCACGCUACCUUCGAUACCUGGCAAGAGGCAUGAGUCCUGACUCUGCGCGGAGCCGAGCCGUGAGACCGGUACAGCAAGAAGCCCCAGCUGCAAAAACCACCGGCAACCAACGUGUGCCAACAGCAACAAAAAGGCAACCUGCAAAGCGUUGUAGAGGUCACCCGCCGGGGUCGCCUCUGAGAAACAGCGAUCGGAAGAGGGGCCAUAGACAAGACGAGCACGGAGUCGCUAACCAGAACCAGCAAUCGAGCUACGCAGAUGCAAUGAGAGCAACAAGAAUAGCGGUGCUACCCCAAGAGUACCCCGCCAUGUCUCUCACUCCAGAGCAACUCACAUCACUGCAAGACAUCAUUAUGCAUGAGGUUCUGAGGGGGUGGACCCGCCCACUUAUUUUUACGGGCGUCUACUUCAGACCGGGUCUGCUAUUGGUGGACUGCAGAGACGAGGCAACUGCCGAAUGGCUGAGACAGACAGUACCGUCGCUCAAUGGGUGGGAAGGGCCGGCGCUUUACACCAGGAGCGGAGAUGACAUACCACCAACCCAUAAUGUCACCAUCUUCCUCCCAUGGAGCAUAGACAGGGGCCAGGACUAUGCACUGGGUCUCCUGAGAGCUCAGAACGAGAGCCUCAACACAUCACUCUGGAGAGUCAUGGAGGCAAAAGUUGAGGACGGCUACCUACGGCUGAAUGUGGCUGUCGAUGAAGACUCCUUCUGUAGCAUGAGACGGCAGAGUUUUAGGCUCAAUUACAGGUACGGGAACGUCCUCGUCAAGCCAUGGAAUCAGAGAAUUCCUGGGGACGCUGCCCACACGACGCCAACAGGUGCGGCAUCAACAGGCACGGCAAUGGCCGUCGAUGAGCAGUGCGUAGAAGGGCCUUCGACCUCCGCAGCUGCCUCAUCGAUAGCAAUUGAUAGAGACAAAAUUGUCGACGAGCACCGCGUGGAAGGGCCUUUGACCUCCGCGGCUGCCACCGCGACGACGGAGACAACAGGACGGGCAGCUCAACAAAAUGUGCCGUCGACCAGGGAGCUGGAGGAGCUGGCAGAAGGCUUGAACCUUCAAAGCCCUGGCAGAGAACUGGAGGACCUAACGCUCUCAGAGAUAGACGAGCCGAUGGUCCAGAGUAAAAAAUGAGAACAACACCACGCCUUAGGAUUGCCCAGAUUAACCUCCAUCACGCGGUAGCUGCAUCUGCAGUCAUCACAAGGAAGUUCACUUCGGAGAAUCUGGGCAUAGUCUUAGUCCAAGAGCCGUGGGUGUAUAAAGGUCAGGUGAAGGGCCUGACGGAGAAGUCUAUCAAGGUAAUCUGGGAUUUAUCAUGUGAUAACCCAAGAGCCUGUGUUAUGUUAAAGAAGGAGACUAAUUACUUCUGCAUUUCAGAGUUUUUAACGAGAGAUCUGGUGGCAAUCCAACUAACGGUGAAUCUCCACGGACAGGCAAGAGAAGUAGUUUUUGCUUCGGCUUACUUCGCAGGGGAUGCCGCCAUACCACCGGAGGAAGUCAGAGGACUAGUAGAGUACAGCGAGAAACUGCGCCUUCCAUUGGUUAUUGGAUGUGAUGCCAACGCACAUAAUGUACAGUGGGGCGGCACUGACACCAAUAAAAGGGGUGAGCUUCUACUAGACUUUAUAUUAAGUAAGGACCUUAGUAUUUGCAAUGUAGGUUAUAAGCCCACUUUUGUAACUAGGGUAAGAGAGGAAGUUCUGGGCGUUACUCUUGGGAACACCUGGGCGGAUAAUUUGAUCUCGGACUGGAGGGUCUCCUCGGAGCCCUCAAUGUCGGAUCAUAGGAUUAUACAGUUUUCCCUAGAGAUCUCCAUGAAUAGAGCCACGCCCAGUAGGAAUCCUAGGAGUACCGACUGGAACAGCUAUCACAGACUAUUACAGGCAAACCUAACCACCACAAACGUAGAGAACAGGGCUAAGCGAUGGGUGGAAUUGGAGGCGAAGGUCGGCAGCCUAAAUGAGGCAAUAACGGAUGCCUAUACAUCAAGCUGCCGGCUGACUUCACCAAAAGGACAGAAUAGAAACCCAUGGUGGAACUCCAACCUCUCAGGUCACCGGAAAGAGGUCAGAAAACUCUUUAACCGUGCGAAACGUACUGGGAAUUGGGAUGACUAUUUGUCAGCCCUAACCACCUAUAACAAAGCGAUUCGCGAAGCCAAGAGAAACAGUUUUAGAUUGUUCUGUGAAGGCAUCACCUCCACCCCGGAGGCUGCCAGAUUGCACAGAGCACUAGCUAGAGGUACAGGUGAAAACCAUAUGGCGAUAAAACUACCAGACGGCAGCUACACCAAAAGUGAGGA